UGCCGUACUCCGUACACCCACACCAAUUGUGGCGGUAGCUGCCCAGCUCCGUAAUGAGCCACAUUUCACACAGGCGCGCGACCCCUCCAGCCACGACACGCUGUCGCCACAGCAACAGGGUCCAGAAGGUCAAUAUUUACGGUGGUGGAGUAAUUAGCAGAACCUCGUCUGCAUGUUGAUGUUGUCCACUUGUAUUUAUCAACCACACAACACAGACGGCUCGACAGCAUCGGCCGACGCCUUGACGCGUCAGAUUCGCUUCGGCGCAGCAGUAUCGUAUUGACCACAUCAACAGCAGCAUCAUCAUGGCGCAAGACGACUCGGUCGAUUUCGACGUGAUCGAGGGACAGAAGGAAAACAUCCAGUCUCUCCCUGGCGGUCGCUCGGCGAAGAAGCUUGUUGAGAUCUACUCGCCAUCUCCUCUUCACAAACUGGCAACCCCAACCCCUUCGGACACGCGCAACGUCAACGAUUGCAUUCGCGCCGAGUAUGAGGCGGAGCUUCAGAACAUCAACGAGUCCGACGACCCCCUCGACGUGUUCGACCGAUAUGUCCGAUGGACUUUAGAUGCCUAUCCUUCCGCCCAGGCAACACCUCAGUCACAACUCCACACUCUUUUAGAGCGGGCGACAAAGACCUUUAUCGGCUCAGCACAGUACAAAAACGACCCACGAUAUCUCAAGCUCUGGCUUCACUACAUUCACUUCUUCUCUGAUUCACCUCGGGAGACUUUCGUCUUCCUAUCGCGACAUGCGAUUGGCGAGAAGCUUGCCUUAUUCUACGAGGAAUACGCAGAAUGGCUAGAGGGAGUCGGUCGCUGGGCACAAGCCGAGGAGGUCUACAAAAUGGGUAUUGAGCGUGAGGCUCGCCCCGUGCAAAGACUACUGCGAAAGUUCAAAGAAUUCGAAGAGAGACUCGCGCAGCAGCCGGAUAGCGUCAAUGAGCCCACGUCCCCCGCUCUACCGAGUGUACGGCCAGCAUUGGCGGCCAAGUCCAACCCCUUCACUGCUGCUGCCGCUUCGAGCGACCCGCAAGCUCGGCGGCCGACGAGCGGCGGACCUUCCAAGUCCACAACGAAGUCCAAGAUGGCCAUCUUCUCAGAUGCGGAUUCGAAGCCUCCUGCCUUGUCGACGAGAGAUACAGAGUCAAAGGGAUGGGAUACAAUCGGUUCGAUGGCGGAACGCAAGAAGGAGAACGAGGUGGAGAAGAAGCCAUGGGUCGGCGAGACGCUCAAGGCCGGUGGGAAGAAAGCCACGUCGGCCAAGAUGUCGGUGUUCAGGGAUCCGUCAUUAUCCCAAAUAAACAACAUUAUUGUUGUGCCUGCGAAGAACCAAACAACUGUCCAUCCCCAGACAGGGAAGCGUGAACGCAUUUAUGUUGACCUAGCUACGGUGUACCCCACGCCAGAGGAGCAGGGUACCGAAUUGAGCUUUGAGGAGGUCAUCGCCGCCAGGCGAGGGUGGCUGGACCACGUUUGGGACGAUGAGCUACCACAGGAUGAUACGCUCGAUCCUGAACCUGCGAGCCCUACGCCGGUCCGGGGCAUUGUCAAAGAUCUUAGCCAUAAGCUGGUCAUACAUCGUGACUCGGUUGGAACAGUGGAUGAAAAUGGUGCACCCAUCGAGCCGCCUCGCCCUGCUCGGGGACCGAAGAAAAAGAAACAGAUGGAGUACAACGAGACACAAAUCAUUAAAGCAAAGCUCGACUCCCCCUCUGGACCGAAGCUCAAGAAGAAGAACGUUUCGGAACCGACCAUGACACUGCACACAAGGGCAGCUACCGAUGACAUCUACGACAUUUUCAAUGCUCCCCUAAAACCAUCAGGGCAGAGCGAGGUUAGCGAAAACGAGGAGGACCAUGACAGCGAGGGCGACUACUCCACGGAUGCGGAGAGCACUGGCACUACACGCCAGGUCGAUGCGACCGAGCGGGUCGACGAGGACGAGGAUGCCAGGAGUGUGAGCGAGUGGUCCGAUUUCACCCCUCGGAGGUACAUCCCCGACAUAAGAGCUGAUGCGGACAGCCUCCCUGAUGAGGACCGCCAAUACACGCAGAUGUCAGAGCUGGGCGAUCUUGGGGAGAAUGACUACUCAAGCCCGCAGGAUGAUCUACCUCGUGCCGAUGAAGAGGACCCAGAUACGCCCGACGAAGACAAUCCAAGGACUUGGUCUUCUUUUGUGCCGGUGCCACCUGAAGAUUAUGACCCGCCCACUCGGCCUUAUAGGGACCCGGCUGAAAUAGCGAAUAAUCGUCUCCCCUUCAUGACGCCUAUCACGGAACGGACUGAGGUGUCCCUGGAGGUGAUGGUGGAAAGGAGAGAUCAGUUCAAGACGCCGUGUAAGAAAGACGGCGCCGCGAUCUCGGUUGACGAUGAUGAAGAAGCCUCAGACUUGGAGCCUAUGAGCAGUCCGAUUCGAGAGCUAAUCAGCCCUCCCAGCAUGACGCCGGCUGGUCGUCCCCUUGCACCGAAACCGGCCGUCGCAUUGAGUCGAUCGGUACCUCACAAGGCUGUCGUGUCCCGAGGCCCCAUCAUCGAAGAUGCGCAAUGCAACCCCGUCGAUGAGUCUGUGCGCAACGAGAUUCUAGCCAAAACUCAGCCGCCCUUGAGCGCAUACAGCGGGUUCUACGACCAUCGGGAGGAGAAGUCUGAGCGCAGCGGCGACAUCCGCCGGUACACCAAGGCGUUGCAAAAGCAGGCCAGGGGUGAUAAGGCAAUGUCGCCGCAAGCACCCGUGAACAUUGGGUUCCCCGAGGGUCAGGUGUACUCCAUCAAGAGAGAGCUGGGUGCAGGGGCUUUUGCACCCGUGUACCUGGUCGAGAACCCAGCGCCAUACGAGGUUGAGAAUGAUGAAAAUGCGGUGGUGACAAUGGGUAAGGGAGCGUUUGCGGUAAGCCAUCGACACACGAUCGAGGCGCUCAAAAUGGAGAAUCCCCCGACACCAUGGGAAUUCUACAUGAUGCGCGUGGCUCAUGGUCGGCUUGGACCUCAGCAUCGAGCGUCUGCUUCACUAUCCUAUGCCCACGAAAUGCACCUAUACCGGGACGAGGCGUUUUUGUUCCUCCCUUUCCAUCCUCACGGAACUCUGCUUGAUGUUGUCAACAUCUUCAGAGCCGAGGCAUCGGGCGUCAUGGAUGAGCAGCUCGCCAUGUUCUUCAGUAUCGAGCUACUGCGCACCGCUGAGGCACUGCACGCCAAAGGCAUCAUGCACGGAGACAUCAAGCCGGACAACUGUCUUCUGCGUCUCGAUAAUCUGCUUGGGGAGCAUCAGCUAGAGCGCCAGCACGCUCAACACGGUCCCCUCUCCAGUCAAUGGCAGGCGGACGGCAGUGGUGGCUGGGGCGCACGGGGGGUGACUCUCAUUGACUUUGGACGCGCCAUUGACAUGCGUGCCUUUGUGCCAGACGUCCAGUUCAUUGCCGACUGGAAGACGACGCAGCAGGACUGCGCGGAGAUACGCGAGGGGCGGCCGUGGACGUGGCAGCUUGACUACCAUGGUCUUGCGGGUACCAUUCACUGCCUGCUGUUCGGAAAGUACAUUGAGACCGUCCGCUGCGAUCAAGGUGGUAUUGGUAUUGGAGGGCGCAAGUAUCGCAUCCGCGAGUCGUUGAAGAGGUACUGGCAGACCGAGCUAUGGGGUGACUGCUUCGAUGUGCUGCUCAACCCUGGUUCGCGCCUCGAGAAUGAGGAUGGUGGCAAGAUGCCCAUCUUGCGAUCGAUGCGUGAUGUGCGGGAGAGGAUGGAGAGAUGGCUAGAGGACAACUCGGAGAGGGGCACAGGCUUGAAGGUUAUGAUGAUGAAGUUGGAGGCCCACGCCAAGGCGAGGAGGCAUUGAAGCCAGCCAGCCAGCCGUAUGAGUUCCAUGAUGGAAGAAGCGUUGUUUUGGUUUGCACACGGUCGGCGCAGCGUCUAUCUAGUUG